AGCUGCAGCCGGUGGCAGCAGCGGCGGCGCGGGGAGCGGCGACCGGUGGUGGUUUCCCUCCUUCGCGCGGGGUGGGGAGCGGGCAACGCCCCCCGGACCCCCGGAGGGUCUUGGUUUUUUUUUUUUUUUUCUGGGGGAAGGCGGUUCUCGAGGUUUUUAGCCCCGGGAGGAGUGCCCCCCCGCUCCUCUCUCCGCUCCCCUCUACACCUUCGGGAUCCGAUUUUACAAUUUUUCCCAGUCGUGCGGUGGCUCGGGUCACCUCCGGGUGUUUUGGUUUUGCUUUUUCUUUUUUGAUUUUGUUUUUACCUUGUUUUCUCGGGGUUCACCCCCCUCUUAUUUGUGUUGUGUGUGGAAAUGGCGAACUCGGCAAACACAAACACCGUGCCUAAGUUAUACAGAUCUGUGAUUGAAGACGUUAUUAAUGAUGUGAGAGACAUAUUUCUGGAUGAUGGAGUAGAUGAACAAGUCCUGAUGGAAUUGAAAACUUUAUGGGAGAAUAAGCUAAUGCAGUCUAGGGCAGUAGAUGGAUUUCAUUCCGAAGAGCAGCAGCUUUUAUUGCAAGUUCAGCAGCAGCAUCAACCGCAGCAGCAGCAGCACCACCACCACCACCACCAUCAGCAGUCUCAGCCGCAGCAGGCGGUGCCCCAGCCGACACAGACCCAGCAGGUCCUUAUUCCUGCUUCACAGCAAGCCACAGCACCACAAGUUAUUGUUCCUGAUUCUAAGCUAAUACAACAUAUGAAUGCAUCAAACAUGAGUGCUGCUGCUACAGCUGCCACCUUGGCACUCCCUGCAGGUGUAACUCCUGUUCAACAGAUAUUAACAAAUUCAGGCCAGCUUCUUCAGGUGGUCAGAGCAGCCAAUGGUGCCCAGUAUAUUUUUCAGCCUCAGCAGUCAGUGGUUCUGCAGCAGCAGGUUAUACCACAGAUGCAGCCCGGCGGAGUACAAGCUCCUGUUAUACAGCAGGUCCUGGCUCCUCUUCCUGGAGGGAUUUCACCACAGACAGGUGUCAUCAUCCAGCCUCAGCAGAUCUUAUUUACAGGAAAUAAGACUCAAGUUAUACCUACAACAGUGGCGGCACCUACAUCAGCACAAGCACAGAUAACAGCAACUGGGCAACAGCAGCCGCAGGCCCAGCCUGCUCAACCACAAGCCCCACUGGUCUUACAGGUUGAUGGAACGGGGGAUACAUCAUCUGAAGAAGAUGAAGAUGAAGAAGAAGAUUAUGAUGAUGAUGAAGAGGAAGACAAAGAGAAAGAUGGAGCCGAAGAUGGGCAGGUGGAAGAAGAGCCUCUGAAUAGUGAAGAUGAUGUGAGUGAUGAGGAAGGACAGGAACUCUUUGAUACAGAAAACGUUGUUGUUUGCCAGUAUGAUAAGUUCUCAAGGGCAAUGGAGGUGGAAAAUUGGGUUGGAAAGGUGAGUUGUUAUUACCAGGUCAUUAUCAAACAGAAGUGAUUGGUUAGAAUUGUGUUCUUAAAACAGUGAUGCUUAUAAGAUGAAUGGUAGGAAGGAGAGACUAAAAGCCUGGAAAUUAGGUAGAAGGUUGUUGCAGUAAAUCAGAUGGGAACAGGCCAUUGAUGUGGUAACUAGAAGAUUAUUGGUGGCCUUUGAGAAAUCAGAGGUCAUCCUAAAGGCAACCAAAGUAGAAUAGAGAUAAAAUAAUUAGAGAUGAGAAGUACUAAUAAUAAUACAAAUACUUACACUCCGAGGCCACUAUAUUAGAAGGAUCAGUAAUGUGGAAGUUGUAAUGCUGACAGUGGAGAAGAGGAAGAUAAUGGUUGUUAAUAUGAUGCCAUUGUUGAGGAAAGCUAGCAGUGUCCUGGUGGUCGGUAAAUAAAAGGAAUGAAGAAAGACCUAAGGAUAAUUAAAUGAUACAGACAUAAAAGGAGUUACUGAGUACAGGCAAAGCAGUGAUCUAGAAGCAUCAGGAGGAAAAAAAAAGUACUUCUGUUUUAAAUGUUUGCCAGCAUAAAAUUUCCUGUGACAAAGGGCCAUAUGUAUAUGUAAACUUGUUAGAGAUAAGAUAUUUUUCAGAGAAUUGUCGUUAACUGUACGGUCCCUAAGAGUCAAAAUUGAUUCAGCAGCAACGGGAUUGGUUUUGGUUAUUAGGUUAUUCAGUGAACAGAAGUACUAAGCUAUCAAAUAAUAUUAACUGUAGAUAAUUUAUUUUGUCUUUUUUUAAGUGUAUCAGUUGGUUUUUGUUGUUAUUAUGGUUUCUCUGUCCUGCUUGUAUCUUUUAUAUUCU